CCGUUAUCAUGACGUGGCAUUGUGGACAUUUUGUAAACCAAGUAUAUUACGAAGAUUAAUUUAAGAAAAUUAGAUGUGAUUAUAUAUAAUUGAAUAGGUUAAUUAUUUCAUCGCGGAUCGUUUUGGAGUUGCGUACCUAGAAUAUUUAUGAGAGGGCGGUUCUAUUUCCCGCUCAUGCUUGAUUGACAUGUGCCCCGAGGCUAAGCGGAGCUCACGCACAGUCAGGCGUUCUACCUUGGAAAACAUGGAAAGAAACCACCCGGCGGAUUCAUAGACAUUUCAAUAUAUUUAUUAAUGAUGGACCAUGUUUCGAGACGCUGUGGAGUCAGCCGAUCGCGUUUAACAUUGUUGUUACCAGGUUGCGAUUGUUCUCCAGUUCCAGCCACCAAAGUAAAACAUCCAGGUGCAUAAACGGGUUUCUCUCUUCCAGAUAGGAUGAAAGAUCGAGACACUUUACUCUCAUCUUCCAGCUAAAUUAGCUUGUGCCUCGGGUCGGUCAAUACAACUCCCCGUUGUUUGACUGUCUGGGACAUCGAGUGACUCUUCGACUGUCCCUGAUCGGCAUCCGAGUCCACGCCUGGGAUUUGCAGUUGUGGGACUCGCUUCAUGGAGAGAACAGCGAUAUCGUUUCAACUUUUGGACUACAGAAUAGCCUACUGCAAUUAACCAAACGUUUAGGCCAUAUUUCCACGGCAUAUUUGGAAUAUAUUUGGGUUCACUCAUGGAAAAGAAAAACAACAAAGCGAACAGGGCUCGCUCGCCGCAACUUCGGAGCCCGAACUCAACUAUCAACUCUCCUCCCAGUGGCAGCAGCGCCAAAGAGAGAGUGCACAGUGUGGACCCGUAUGGCUUUGAGCGGUUGGAGGACUUUGACUAUGAGUCGUAUGAGGAGUUGAUGUCAGAGUACCUGGCCGUGCUCACCAGGAGGUCCAUCAGGUGGUCCAAGCUGUUGCAGGGCCGGGGACGGCUGGAGAAGAGCAUCAAGGUGAAGCGGUAUGUGCGUAAGGGCGUGCCCAACGAGCACCGAGGGUUGAUCUGGAUGUCAGCCAGCGGGGCCCAGGAGCACCUGGAGAAGAACCCAGGCUACUAUCACUCUCUACUGGACACUACGAAGCAACAGCACGACCCCAAGCUGGUGGACUCCAUACGCACAGACCUGAACAGAACAUUUCCUGACAACGUCCAGUUCCGCAAGACGUCGAACCCAUGUCUCCAGAAAACCCUGUACAACGUGCUGCUAGCGUACGGACACCACAACCCAGCUGUGGGCUACUGUCAAGGCAUGAACUUCAUCGCUGGGUACCUCAUCAUCAUCACUAAAGAUGAGGAGAAAUCAUUCUGGCUGAUGGACGCUCUACUAGGCAGGAUACUACCAGACUACUACUCCCCGGCCAUGCUGGGUCUGAAGAUGGACCAGGAGGUUUUAGGGGAGCUUGUGAGGACCAAAGCCCCAGUUGUGUGGCAGGCCAUGGGGCAACACAACGUCAUGUGGACCCUGGUGGUCUCCAGGUGGUUCAUCUGUCUCUACAUAGACGUCCUGCCUGUAGAGACGGUUCUGCGUAUCUGGGACUGUCUGUUCUACGAGGGUUCUAAGAUACUGUUCCGUGUGGCUCUGACGUUGAUAAGGAACCAGCAGGCUGAGGUCCAACAGGCCGGUUCCCUGCCUGACGUCUGUGACAGCUUCAAACACAUGACCAGAGGCCCCUAUGUAGAGGACUGCCACACCUUCAUGCAGAAAAUCUUCACGGAACCCGGAAGCCUCUCCAUGGCAACAAUCACCAAGCUCCGGGAGACGUGUCGAGCACGCAUCAUCGCUGAGGAGUCCUGACCCCAUCCUCCUGACCUGUCAAUCAAACACACUGCACAUUCCGGGCUGGGUCCCAACACUCCUUAAUGGUCUCCUCGGAUCCUAUCCCUCACUGUUGGGACAGUACCCUAGACUGUUUUGUACUCUUUAGCAUGACUACCAUGUAUGUAGACUACUAGGGGUGAAAAGAAGGUGUUACGAGUACCGACAAAUUAAUUAGUAACUAUCCUGUGGGGGUAUGCUGUACUGGUUAAACAUGAGCCCAUCACAAUAAUUAACAACAAAGACGCCAUUGAAACCUUCUGGCUAUUACACUAUUAUCAUUACUGUAUGAAAGUCACAUGAAAUAAAUAUAUUUAGUGAAUGGACUUGAAAACAUGGAAUACGCUCAAAUGUGGUGUGGUUUGGUAAUAAGGUGAUUGGCCGAGACGCGCGGACAGCAGUGGACUCGGUGAGGUUACCAGACUGAUGUCGAACUAAUGAGUGACGUCGCUGGGUGUCAUUCAUCAAAUGGCGGCUGCACAGAUGCAGGAAUCCAACAUGAGGUUUAGUCCAGCAUUGGUGUUAACCAGCCCUGGACGUAUUGGUUCAUGUAGACCUGAAUGUACACAUGUAGCUAGAUAGAUGGAGUGUAAUGUCUUAACUCUGCUAACUGAGGAUCCCAUUUUGUCCUACAAAAGUAGUGCACUAUAUAUAGGGAAUAGGGUGCCAAUUGAGAUGUAACUCGUGUGAGAUUCAUGUUGCUGACUGAAGCUCAUCUUAACUGGAAUAAACAUUUAUUUAAGAACAAGAUUUGGAUUC